GCACAGUAUUCGCUUAGUACUGCUAUCGAUAUUGUUGUCUACAGCGCAAUGAGUUAAUUCCAAUCAGCAAUUAACAACAGGUUGUUGUGCUAAGAGCUAAUAAAAGAAACAAAACCAAAUAAUUAUUAAAUAUAAAAAAAAAACCAUGCUGGCAAGCACAAUAAAAACGAACAAUAGGUGGCGUGCCUCGGCGAGCCUUAUUAUAGUUACACCCGCCGCAGUGGCUGGCGAGGAUUUCAAAGUGCUCAUGUUGAAGCGCACCGAAGCGACGGCCAUAGCUGCCAAUCAAACUGUUUUUCCUGGCGGAUUGCUGGAAACGGACGCGGAUGAGAGCGUUGCAUGGCUUCAAUAUUUUGAGGAGUUUGGUGUGACCCAAGCUUCGCUGCGCGAUCUAAUACUAGUCAGCGAAGAAAGGCCAGCCAUAUUAGCUCCACAGGGUACAGGCUGUUAUGAUCGCUUCUUCAAACGUUCCAAAAUUUGGGCGCGGGAGAUAACGCUGCGCUUGGCGGCUUUGCGUGAGUGUUUUGAGGAAGUGGGCAUACUGCUGUGUCGCAAUCAAGCUCAAUUAACUCAAACGGUUGAAGUGGCUCAGGCAGCACAGCUUGAGCAUGAUUUCCUGAAGACCUGGCAAGCUCGCGUGCACAGAAACCCCAGUGAUUUCUUGGAACUAUUUCGACAAUUAAAAGUGGUGCCCGAUUUAUGGGCGCUGCACGAAUGGUCAGCCUGGGCGACUCCAGCGUUUGUUAAUAAACGCUAUGAAACCGUUUUUUACAUGGUCUUUCUGCACACCCAGCCAACUCUGCUCGCAGAGCCCAUAGAAGUCAUGGAGUGUCUCUGGCGUUCACCCCUUGAGCUGUUGUGUUUGCAUCAGGCUCAAAAACUUUUUUUUCUGCCGCCACAAAUCUAUGAACUGGGUCGACUGCUCUCUAUCAAGGAUUACCAGAAGCUCUGCAACUUUGCCUCGCAGCGCACUCAACUGGGCAGCACAAUGUUUAUGCCAGUGGGUUACAUUUGCAGUGAUGGAAUGGUGUUUGUGCUGCCAGGAGAUGAUUUCUAUGUGCUCGAACCACAUUUGGCAACUGAGCCCAUUCAGUUUUCUGGAACUGUUGCCGAGCUGAAUGCGCGUACCAAGCGUUUGCAUCGUUACCAGUCUAAGGAAACAAAUGAGUUUCAAAUACUCAUCAAUAUUCCAAGUUUGAAUGGGCACCUGGUUCCCAAGCAACUACCAACUCCAGUGCACAAGCUAUAGAACCCAAAGUUAAAAAUUCGAACGUUAAAUCAGUGUAUGCUAAGCUAAGCUUUAGUUUUAGCGACAGCAAGAUUUUAAAAACUUAAAUUUAAUUUUCAUCUC